AUGAUUUUUAAAAACAUAGGUUAAUGGGAUUUUGAAAAGAAACAAAGAGAGAAAAAGUAAAUCUAAUAAUCGAAAAGAAUUAAAAUGGUGAUAUAAACUAUUUAAUAUUUUCUUCAAGCAGAAAAUUAGUAAUCAACUCUUUUGUAAUAAAAAUCAUUUAAAUAUUCAUAUCAGGAAUAAGUAGUGAGGAAUUAAGUCAAAAUUAGAAAUGUAAAUAAAAGAGAAUAUGAUAGAGAUAAUUAUUAAAGUAAUUAUAAAAAAACAAGGUUGUUAGAUAAAAAAAUAAGAAAUAAUUAAACAACUAAUUAAUUGAAGAUGACUAGAAAAUAACUGUUGAAAAUUUAUAAAAACUUGCAAAAAAAAGGGGAUAUAUAUAUUAUACAAAAGAAUAAUUUGAAGAAAAAAAUGAUAAUAAUGAUACAAUAAACUUUAUAUUUGAAAAUAUAUUAUAAAAACGUAAUUGCAAAAUUGAAAAAAAUGGUAAUGAUUACGAAAAACUUGUUUAUAAAGGUAAAUAUAAGAAAAUAUAAUAUAGGGAAUGUUUUACAAAAAUUAAAUCAAUUUAAAUAAGCAAUAUUAUAUUAUGAUUAUGCAAUUUACAAAUAUCCAGAAAAUUUUUAGGCAUUUUUUGAUAAAGGUAAACUUCAUAUUAUUAUUAUUAUGAAGCUAAUGCAUUAAAAAGUUUAAAUAGAUUUGAAGAAGCCUUAAAGUAUUAUGACUAUGCAAUUUAAAAAAAUCCUGAAUGUGCUGAGAUAUACAAUAUUAAGGGUAAAAUUAAUUUUUAGUAAAGCAAAUGUAUAUUAAAGCCUAAAAAGAUUUGAAGAAGCAUUAUAAAAUUAUGAUUAUGCGAUUUAAAAAAACCCAGAAGAUUUUAAAGCUUAUCAAAAUAAAGGUAAAUGUAAAUUAAAAUCAAAAUAAAGCAAAUGCAUUAUAAAAUUUAAAAAAAUUUGAAGAGGCAUUACAGUAUUAUGAUUUUGCAAUUUCAAAAAAUUCUUAAUAUGCGGACAUAUAUAACAAUAAAGGUAAUUGUUAAAUAAUAUCAAAAUAAAGCAAAUGCAUUAUAAAGUUUAAACAGAUUUGAAGAGGUGCUAUAAUGUUGUGAUAAUGCAAUAUAAUUAAACCCUGAAAAUGUAAGAGCAUUGGAAAAUAAAGGUUAUUUUUAAUUAAUAUUCAACUAAAGCAAAUGCAUUAAAAAGUUUAAACAGAUUUGAAGAAGCAUUACAGUAUUAUGACUAUGCAAUUUAAAAAAAUCCUCAAUGUGCGGACUUAUAUAAUAAUAAAGGUAAAUUUUAAUUAUUAACAAAAUAAAGCCAGUGUAUUGAAAAGUUUAAACAGAUUUGAAGAAGCAUUACAAAAUUAUGAUUAGGCAAUAUAAAAAAAUCCUAAAUGUGCUGAAAUAUAUAAUAAUAAAGGUAAAAUUAUUUUUUAAUAAAGCAAAUGCAUUAUAAAGCUUGAAUAGAUUUGAAGAAGCAUUAGAAUAUUAUGAUUAUGCAAUUUAAAAAAAUCCUAAAUGUGCUGACAUAUCUAAUAAUAAAGGUAAAUUUUAAUUAUUAUUAAAAUAAAGCAAGUGUAUUGAAAAGUUUGAACAGAUUUGAAGAAGCAUUAUAAUGUUGUGAUCAGGCAAUUUAAAAAAAUCCAGAAGAUUUUAGGGGAUUUCAAAAUAAAGGUAUACAUGAAUUAUUAAUAAAAUGCAGCAAAUGCAUUAAAAUGCUUAAACAGAUUAGAAGAAGCAUUAGAAUAUUAUGAUUAUGCAAUUUAAAAAAAUCCUGAAUGUGCUGACAUAUAUAAUAAUAAAGGUAAAUUUUAAUUAUUAUUAAAAUAAAGCAAGUGUAUUGAAAAGUUUGAACAGAUUUGAAGAAGCAUUAUAAUGUUGUGAUCAGGCAAUUUAAAAAAAUCCAGAAGAUUUUAGGGCAUUUCAAAAUAAAGGUAAAUUAGAGUUAACAUUAAAAUAAAGCAUUUGCAUUAUAAAGCUUAAAUAGAUUUGAAGAAGCAUUGUAAUAUUAUGAUUACUCAAUUUAAAACAAUUUUGAAGAUGAUAUGGUAUUUUUUGGGAAAGGUAACUUUGUAUCACUAUUUAAAUUAAGCAUAUGCUUUAUAAAGUUUAAACAGAUUUGAUGAAGCAUUACAGUAUUAUGACUAUGCAAUUUAAAAAAAUCCUGAAUGUGCUGACAUAUAUAAUAAUAAAGGUAAAUUUUAAUUAUUAUUAAAAUAAAGCAAGUGUAUUGAAAAGUUUGAAAAGAUUUGAAAAAGCAUUAUAAUGUUGUGAUCAGGCAAUUUAAAAAAAUCCAGAAGAUUUUAGGGCGUUUCAAAAUAAAGGUAUAUUUUCUUUAUAUCUAAAUAUAGGAAUUGUAUUAUAAAACUUAAACAGAUUUGAAGAAGCAUUAUAAUAUUAUGAUUCUGCAAUUUAAAAAAAUCCUGAAAAUACUAUUGCAUAUUAUAAUAAAGCAAAUGCCUUAUAAAACUUAAACAGAUUUUCAGAGGCUUUAAAAUAUUAUGAUUAUGCGAUUUAAAAAAAUCCUGAAGAUUUUAAAGCAUUUUUGUAGAAAGGUACAUUUAAAUAGUAUUAUAAUAAAGCAAUUGCAUUAAAAAGCCUCAAAAGAUUUGAAGAAGCAUUAUAAUUUUCUGAUCAGGCAAUUUUGAUAAAUCCUGAAUGUGCUGACAUAUAUAAUAAUAAAGGUAAAUUUGAUGAUUAUUAAUAUAAAGCAAAUGUAUUAGUAAGUUUAAACAGAUUUGAAGAAGCAUUAUAAUGUUGUGAUCAGGCAAUUUAAAAAAAUCCAGAAGAUUUUAAAGCAUUUCAAAAUAAAGGUAUAUAAGAAUUAAUAUUAAAAUAAAGCAAAUGUCUUCUACAAGUUAAACAGAUAUUCAGAGGCUUUAGAAUAUUAUGAUUAUUCAAUUUCAAAAAAACCUGACGAUUUUAUGGCAUUUUUUAAUAAAGGUAUAUUUUCUUUAAGAUGUAAAUAUAGGAAUUGUAUUAUAAAGCUUAAACAGAUUUGAAGAAGCAUUAUAAUAUUAUGAUUACGCAAUUUAAAAAAAUCCUGAAGAUUUUAAGUCGUUGCAAAAUAAAGGUAAAUAUGAAAUAAUAUUAAACUAAAGCAAUUGCAUUAUAAAGCUUAAAUAGAUUUGAAGAAGCAUUAUUAUUUUUUGAUCAGGCAUUUUCAAAAAACCCCGAAGAUUUUAUGGCCUUCUUUAAUAAAGGUAAAUUAGAGUUAAUAUUAAAAUAAAGCAAUUGCAUUAUAAAGCUUAAACCGAUUUGAAGAAGCAUUAUAAUAUUAUGAUUACGCAAUUUAAAAAAAUCCUGAACAAGCUGACAUAUAUAAUAAUAAAGGUAAAAUUAGGUUUGAAUAAAGGAGUUGCAUUAUAAAGCUUAAACAGAUUUGAAGAAGCAUUAGAAUAAUAUGAUUUAGCAAUUUAAAAAAACCCUGAAGAUUGUAAAGCAUUUCAAAAUAAAGGUAAAUUUUAAUUAAUAUUAAAAAAUAAAGCAUAAGCAUUAAAAAGCUUAAAUAGAUUUGAAGAAUCCUAAUAAUAUGUUGAUCUUGCAAAUUACCUCUAUGCCAAACAAACAAGUAAAAUUAACAAUACAUAAAUUACAAUUAUUAACCAUUUGAAAUAUCCUUCAUAGGUCAAUCAUUUAAAAAAAUGA